GCGUCUGCCAUUCAAGGUUCUAGCCUUCAAAAAAUAGGUGCAUUAUCAUGGGAAAACAGUAAACACUAAACAGGAACUUUACAUUAUUAACCUUUUUAUUGUUUGCACGUGAGCAGGUAAGAUUUCAUAAAAUUUACACUACUAUUAUACUGAGUGAUUCAUUAUUUUAUCAUUUCCAAGUGUACUCUGUUAGAAGGUAUUCCACUCAAACUCAAAAUUGUUAUAGCCUACAGAGAAAGUUUGCUAACUUAUUAUUCAUCAUUUUAUUUCAUUGGAUUUAUGAUUUUUCUCAUAAAUAGUAAAUUAGCCGUACGAUGAAGAAAACUCUAAAAAUAUAUUGUCUGCUAAUUGGAGCCUUGCACCUGUGUUCGAGUCUGCCCGUAACUCCCAACAAGCCGAAAGAUGAGAAAGACGAGAAAGAUACAAAAGAAAACAAAGUUGAACCGGAUAAUCUUGAACAGAUGGGAAUAGAGUAUAAUAGGUAUUUGAGGCAGGUGGUUGAUGCUUUAGAACAAGAUGAAGCUUUUAGAAAAAAGCUUGACAACGCUGAGGAAGCAGAUAUCAGGUCGGGAAAAAUAGCUCACGAGCUGGAUUACGUGAAUCAUCACGUUCGAACGAAGCUGGAUGAGCUGAAACGUGUGGAGUUGGAGAGACUGCGCACCUUGGUGAAGCAAGCCAUGGACGACAACAACCACGACUCUCCGCACCUCAAAGCACCUGAGCAUCUCGAUCACGGCAAUCCCAACAGCUUCGAAGUGGCCGAUCUGCAGAAAUUGAUCAAGAAGGUAACUUCAGAUUUGGCUGAAGCCGAUAAACUAAGACGCGAAGAAUUCAAAGAGUAUGAAAUGCAAAAGCAUUUCGAAGAAGAGGAAAAAAUGAAAUCAUUGGAUGAAGAGCAUAAAAAGGAGUACAAAGAAGAAUUGGAAAACAUGAAGAAGAAACAUAAGAAACACCAACCGCUCCAUCAUCCUGGCAGUAAACAGCAAUUGGAAGAAGUAUGGGAGAAACAAGAUCAUAUGGAAAAUCAGGAGUUCAACCCCAAAACAUUCUUCUACAUCAGAGAUCUUGACGGCAACGGCUACUGGGACCAAGAGGAAGUGAAGAUGCUGUUCCUGAAGGAGUUGGACAAACUGUACCAAGCUGGAGUGCCCGAAGAUGACAUGAGAGAGAGAGCCGAAGAGAUGGAGCGCAUGAGAGAGCACGUGUUCCGUGAAAGCGACACCAACAGAGAUGGACUUAUCAGUUUCCAAGAAUUCAUGGAUCAAACGAAAAAGCCAGAGUUUGAGAGGGAUGAUGGCUGGGAAUCUCUGGACCAACAGCAGAUGUACACCCCAGAAGAGUACGCUGAGUUCGAGAGGAGACGCCAGCAGGAAAUCGAGAAACUCAUCAAGGAGGGAAGAUUACCUCCACAUCCAGGCAUGAUGAUGCCUCACCAAGGACAGCUACCGCCACACCAUCAGGGUAUGAUGCCACCUCCACAAGGACAGCAAUAUUACCAAGGACAUCCUAAUCAGUUCAAUGAACAGCAAGGUGGGGGUCCUCAACAAGGUUACCAACAAGGAAUGCACCCUCAACAAGGAAUGCAACCUCAGCAAGGAAUGCACCCUCAGCAAGGAAUUCAAUCUCAACAAGGAAUGCACCCUCAGCAAGGAAUUCAACCUCAGCAAGGAAUGCAACAUCAAGGAAUGCAACCUCAGCAAGGAAUGCAACCUCAACAAGGAAUGCAACCUCAACAAGGAAUGCAACCUCAGCAAGGAAUGCAUCCUCAACAAGGGAUGCAACAGCAAGGAAUGCACCCUCAGCAAGGAAUGCCACCUCAGCAAAACAUUCAGCCUCAACAAGGUGGUCAUCCUCCACAGGGCAACUACCCUCCCCAAGGAAGUCAACCUCCUCAGCAGCCCAACUAUCCACAAGGUGGAAUUCCCCAGCAAGGAACUGCCAGUCCACCUCAAGGCGGAGUGCCUCAAGGCUCUUUCAAUCAGCACUCUAGUACCCAGCCUCCCAGUGUUGCUCCUCAGGGCAGUUUCCCUCACCAGCCUCAGCAAGGCUAUCCUCAGCAGCCGCCUCACCCCAACUCCCCGCAAUACGCUGCAAAUAUGGGCAGUCCUCCGCAGGUGAAUCAGGGGGCGCCGCCAUCUCAGAACAAUUUCCAUCACCCGAAUGCCAUGCCACAGGGCCAACCCAACUACAUUCCAAACAAUAUCCAACAGCAAAAACCGGUGCAUCCCAAUUCAAAGGAUAUCAAUGCCAACGCCAUACCCCAUUCAUAGUUCCAGCGUCAAUUAAUUCAGUCGGAAGGAAAGCAUAACUCUUUCGGUACCGCUCAGAGAAUAGGAACUAGAUAAGUUGUGGUAAACCAUGAGUCUGAUCUACCUGUUCCAUGAAAAAAAACGACAUAACAUCAAUUUACUUCACUAUAUUUUUUUAUUAUUAUGUUAUCAAUAUACCUGGGCAAUCCUAGACCAUUCGUGCAACAUUAGUAUUUAAUUUUGAUUUCACUCACAAACUACCAUUUAAAACUACUUAGAUACUAAUUCAGUUCAAAAACUAAGUUGUUAUCAAACUACUAGUUCAGUUCCAACUAUGUAGAAGUAUUGAUAAUGGAACUGUUGGAAACUGUUUGUGCAUCAUUGUUCAACAACUGGUCAGCAAUGAAUGCGAAAUAAUUUAAGUGAUGCUAUUUUCAAAGUUUUGCUGGAAACAAAAUCUAAACCUUUGAUUUCUGAAGAAUCUAUUUUCUGAUACGAACCGAGUAUGAGGAACUUCAUUUACUACAAUAUUAAUAACAAGAUAUAUUUAUAGAGAUCACGGGUAUGAUUACACUGCCAGGUUCAGUGAUGAGGAAGAUUUGAUUGAAUUUUAAAUUUUCUUUAAUCAUCAUUCUAUUAUUGCUUCAGUGCCCUAUUAAGUACAAUAGCUGACCUUGAGGUAAAACCAAACUUCUUGCAUUUGAGAAAAGAAAGAUCAUAGUGUAAGAUGUUCACAUCACCAUAAAUGCAAACUAUAGAAUGGAUCAUUUAUAUUUCAAAUUAAAAUAAUCCUCAAUGCUCAAAAUUAGUACAAAGUUACAUAACUCCAUGAGAAAAAUGGAAUUUCUCCACAUUGGCUUUUGAGGAAAAUGCUAUUUGUAUGACGAUGUUUGAAACCUAAAUACUAGUACAAAUCUAGAUCUUGAGAUUCAAUAUUUUUAUGAAUCUUGCCAUCUUAUUUUCCAUAUUAUUUGAUAACGUUCUUGUUGAGUUGUGGGAAAAUGUCUACUUGCAAACUUAUUUCGUUCCACAUAUUUAUUUACUUGGUUGUAAUGGCAUUCUCAGUAAUCAAAUUGAACUUCUAUUGUGAUAUUUAUUCGUAUUAGUCAAGUGCAUUUGGUAAUUUUAUUUUGUUUGGCAUCAGCCGAUGACCAUCAUGAAUUCCUUUAUUAUAUGGCUAAGAGCAACGAUAAUCUUUCCUAUCCAUAAAAGACUUCCAGUGUACAAAAUAAUGUAUCAGAGACGUUAGCAUAGUCGUUUAUUCUCUUACAAUAAUUUUUACAAGUACUUGUCAUUUCUUUUCUUUGUAUUUUUGUAUUCUUAUUUCUUGCAGUUCCUAUUGUCACAAAUCGUCAUUCACAAAACUGUAUUGACAUUCUGAGUGCCGGUUGCACGAAAGCCGGUCAAAUUUUAACAGUAAUUAAUUUCAC